CAAAAAGACCCCACGUUAAAUCGCGUCUUUUCACUUAUGCGACGCGUCUUGAGGCUUGAUUCUAGUAUUUACAAAGUCACAACUUCAACAUACAAUCAAUACUACGAAAAUGGCCUCACGAGGAGCACACAAAUCUUCUUCGGCAUUAAAAAAGCCGGUAAAUGAUAUAGAUAAUUACGACGUCGACGAUGACCCCUUUGCCGAAUCUGGAGACGAAGCUCCCAGCAACGACACCGCGCAGUCUAAGAAGCGUAAAGAUGCUACCGGGCUUGGAAUUGACGAGGCUGUAGCCGUACAGAAGAAAGUUAGAGCCCCAAUUGUAAAGCUAGAUGAAGGAAGAUUGCUAUCCGACAAAGGCAUCCCGAGGUUACGAAGAAAAGCUCGAGAUUUAAAGUUUAAAGGAAAAGGACACGAGUUUUCUGACGCUGCCAGACUUCUCUCCUUUUAUCAAUUAUGGUUUGACGACUUAUUUCCGAAGGCCAAGUUUUUAGAUGCUGCGGCUAUGGCGGAGAAAGCAGGUCAUAAGAAAUAUAUGCGUAUGAAACGUAUGGAGUGGAUCGAGGAAGGGAAACCCAAACCAGCAGGACUUGACGGAGAUGAUGAUGACCUCUUUGGCGAUUCUCACGAUCAACCAGAGGAGCGUGCACCUGCAGUGUUCCCUGCCAGGAUUGCUCCCAUAUUCCAGGAUCGGGGAAAUGAAGGGGCGCAUACGCCUAUACGAGAUGAUGUGCCUGAUGACGACGACGAUAUAUACGGAGCCACACCGCAACCAUUAAGGACAACACAACCCACAAGUAAAUUGUUAAUUGGAAAUGGAAGCGCUAGCACAGGACCUGCGAACGCAUCCCUAUUUGGAAAUGGUGACGAGCCCGACGAAGAUGACCUAGACGCACUGAUGGCAGAGGAAGAAGCACAACGUCCUAAACCUGUUUUUGUUUUCGGCAAUGGUGGUGGGAAACCCAGUCAAUCAAGAGACGAGCCAGAAGAGGACGACUUGGACGCAUUGAUGGCUGAAGCCGAAGCCCACCACGAACCCCCAAAGCAACUUUCUAAUCUUACAGCCAGGCCGGCACAGCCUAGCGUGCAAACCGAUGAAGAAGAUGAUCUAGACGCAUUAAUGGCGGAGGCGGAAAAUGAGGGGCAACAGAAACAGCCUAUAGGUUCAACGCCUAAAGAAAUAAAGGAGGUAAACCAGAAUACGGCAGAUGCAGACGAAGAGGAAGCUAUGGCAGAGAUGGAUGGGUUGUGGUGAGAGGUCAAAACUGAACAGGGUAUGAUUUAUUGUAUAACGAUGCAUGCAAGGGCGUCUGUGUCAUUUUAUAUAUGUGCAAUGAGCGUGAAUACAUGAACAGAAGUAAAUGGCUUUUGAUAAUGCCUAACUACCUAUGUACAUAUACUUUACAGUUGCUAAAGCCUUGUGAUACUAC